AUGAGCCGCCCGCUCUGCAACCACUACGCCGCGCUCCUCUCCUCCACCGCCGCCGCCGGCGGCCGCGAUGGGGCCCGCGUCUCCGGCGCCGUCCACUGCCUCGUCCUCCGGACGGUCCCGCACCCGCCGCCCACCUACCUCCUCAACCACCUCCUCGCCGCCUACGCCAGGUCCGGCCGUCUCCCCCUCGCGCGCCGCCUGUUCGACGCAAUGCCCGACCCCAACCUCUUCACCCGCAACGCGCUGCUCUCGGCGCUGGCCCGCGCGCGCCUCCUCCCGGACAUGGAGCGGCUCUUCGCGUCCAUGCCCGAGCGUGACGCCGUGUCCUACAACGCGCUCAUCGCGGGCUUCUCGGGCGCCAGCGCCCCUGCGCGGGCGGCCCAGGCGUACCAAGCGCUGCUCCGGGAGGAGGCGGUGGUGGACGGCGCCAGGGUCAGGCCCAGCCGCAUCACCAUGUCCGGCAUGGUCAUGGCCGCGUCGGCGCUUGGGGACCGCGCGCUCGGCCGGCAGGUGCACUGCCAGAUCCUGCGGCUCGGGUUUGGGGCGUAUGCCUUCACCGGGAGCCCCCUGGUCGAUAUGUAUGCCAAGAUGGGGCUCAUUGGGGACGCCAAGCGGGUCUUUGAUGAGAUGGAGGGCAAGAAUGUGGUGAUGUAUAAUACCAUGAUCACGGGGCUCCUCCGGUGCAAGAUGGUUGCUGAGGCUAGGGGGGUGUUUGAGGCAAUGGCCGACAGGGACUCCAUCACCUGGACUACUAUGGUUACAGGGCUUACGCAGAAUGGGUUGCAGUCGGAGGCGCUGGAUGUUUUCAGGCGGAUGAGGGCCGAGAGUGUUGGCAUUGAUCAGUACACUUUCGGAAGCAUCCUUACAGCCUGUGGCGCCCUUGCUGCCUCAGAAGAGGGGAAGCAGAUCCAUGCCUACACAAUCAGAACUCUGUACGAUGACAAUAUCUUUGUUGGAAGCGCGCUUGUUGACAUGUACUCAAAGUGCAGGAACAUCAGACUGGCAGAAGCCGUUUUCAGAAGGAUGACCUGCAAAAACAUCAUCUCAUGGACCGCAAUGAUUGUUGGCUAUGGACAGAAUGGGUGCGGCGAGGAGGCUGUGAGGGUGUUCUCGGAGAUGCAGAGGGAUGGUAUUAAGCCUGAUGAUUUCACUCUCGGCAGUGUUAUAAGUUCUUGUGCUAAUCUAGCAAGCCUGGAAGAGGGAGCACAGUUCCACUGUAUGGCGCUCGUCUCAGGGUUGAGGCCGUACAUUACAGUGUCUAAUGCACUCGUUACCUUGUACGGAAAGUGUGGCAGUAUCGAGGACGCACACCGCUUGUUUGAUGAGAUGCCGUUUCAUGAUCAAGUCUCCUGGACUGCCCUUGUCUCAGGUUAUGCGCAGUUUGGGAAAGCAAAAGAAACUAUGGAUUUGUUUGAGAAGAUGUUAUUGAAGGGUGUGAAGCCUGACGGGGUAACAUUUAUUGGUGUCCUUUCUGCUUGCAGCCGUUCAGGGUUUGUGGAGAAAGGCCGCAGCUACUUUCAUUCCAUGCAGAAGGACCAUGGUAUUGUGCCCUUGGACGAUCACUAUACUUGUAUGAUUGAUCUUUAUAGCAGAUCAGGGAGGUUAAAAGAAGCUGGGGAGUUCAUAAGGCAGAUGCCACGGUGUCCUGAUGCAAUUGGAUGGGCAACAUUGCUUAGUGCAUGCCGGUUGCGUGGUGACAUGGAGAUUGGGAAAUGGGCUGCUGAGAAUCUCUUGAAAACUGACCCUCAAAACCCAGCGAGCUAUGUCUUGCUGUGCAGCAUGCAUGCUUCUAAAGGUGAAUGGAGCGAGGUUGCCCAGCUUAGGCGUGGAAUGAGGGAUAGGCAAGUGAAGAAGGAACCAGGCUGCAGCUGGAUCAAGUAUAAAAAUAAAGUUCACAUAUUUUCAGCCGACGAUCAGUCUCACCCCUUCUCUGGAACAAUUUAUGAAAAGCUCCAGUGGCUCAACUCUAAGAUGGUGGAAGAAGGAUACAAGCCUGAUGUCAGUUCUGUGCUGCAUGAUGUGGCAGAUGCUGAGAAGGUUCACAUGCUCAGCAAUCAUAGCGAGAAGCUUGCAAUUGCCUUUGGCUUAAUUUUUGUUCCAGAGGAAAUGCCGAUCCGGGUUGUCAAGAAUCUGCGUGUUUGUGUGGAUUGCCACAAUGCUACCAAGUUCAUCUCGAAGAUAACCGGUCGUGAUAUUCUUGUGAGGGAUGCUGUCAGAUUUCACAAGUUUAGCAAUGGCAUUUGCUCAUGUGGGGACUUCUGGUAAUUCCACUGUCUGUUUGGCCAACGUUGCACAUGCUUCAAGUUUAACUAAAGUCAGAAGUGCUACUGGAAGAAAAGGAGAAAAGCUGAACGAAGCUAAUCAUGGAUAAUAGUCCCUGGCCAUCAACUGGGUUUGUGUGACACAGUACGAACAAAUCACGUUCCCUGCAGGUGCAGGACUCAUAAGAGACAAAGGGAGAAUCUGCAUUUGCUAACAGCAGUAUGCAGUUUGGUAUAAGGAUUGUGCAUGACUUCUAUAUCCUUAUUGACUCUUGUGUACCAAAGUGGAAGGGGUAUUUUUUCGGUUAUGGCUUGGAGAUGGGCCUCAAGUUUGUUGAAAGAAGAUCCCACUUAUGGCUUUGCACCAAGCAGCAAAGGGAACAAAGCGAUUAAUCACCAUCCACUGAGUCUCUGUUAUUAACUUGGCUUCCAAAUCUCCAAGACUUUUGUUACGCAACCGAAGUGUUUCCACAGGCAGCCUAAAACAAUGCCAAUGUGAUGCCUGAACCAAUCCCUUGUUGAAGUUUAGUGCCUGGUUGCCAUAUGGGUACUUGAUGGCAAUGUGAGUCAUGUAAAGGGUAUAUUUCUAGCAGUUCUGCUUGGACAAGGUCAUUGCAGUUUUGUCACCAUUAGCUACUGGAGAACAAGCUGCAGCAAGUACUGGGAAGAACUUACUGGAGAAAUGCCCCUGAAGAACAGUUAUACUGCAAUUUGAAUAUCAGGAAUUGCAGAAGUCACUGGCUGCAUGCCCAAGAACCCCAGCAUGGCCAGUGAAGCCAAGUUGGCUUGGUUGUAGGAGUCCAUCUCAUGGAUGAUGAGGCUGGUGGUGGUGACCCGGGCGCUGGUGUUGUUGUUGAAGAGGCACAUCCCGUUGACGUAGAUGGUCUUUGUUGGGUACAAGCAGUUUGGCUGUGCUAGCAGAAAUUGCUUAGUAUCUAGUUUGGUGGUAGUGUACCAAAUUGUAAAUCUUGCAUGCCACUAGACCACAAGGUGGCAAGUGAAGCAUGGGCAUGCAGAGCUUGUUUGUAGAACACAGACACAGCUAGCUAGCUUAGCUGCAUUGUGCAGUGAAGCUAAGUGAAACUCUCGACAAUGAGAUCACAGCAACAUAUUUAUUCAGUUCCUACAUAUAUAAUAUAAUGUGCAUCUAGAAUACAGUAUAAUUUAUUCUGGUAGUCAACAAUCAGUUAUGGACUGAC